AUGGCAUCGCGUGCUCUUUCAGUUCGGCCAGCCACAGCUGCCCCUGACGGCGAUUGGGUUGAUGUCGAUGAAGGCAAGCAUCCAGUCAUCACUCCUGAGACAGAGUCGAUGACCGAGCGCAUUCAACGAGUUAGCUUUGACGAGAAAAAUCUGUUCAAUUUUUACAACAUCAAGUUUUCUUCUAGCCGAUAUCAUCGCCUAAAGAAGUACUAUUCUGAAGAACUUGAGAGCUUAUUCAAAUCGCCCUUUGAUACUUACCAUCAAGAAGACAAAGUUGAUUUCCUGUUACUUCGCAACUAUCUCCGGCGAAACCUUCGUGUUUUGGAGUUGGACCGCCAGCGAGAUGAGCAGGUUCAGCCAGUUUUACCUUUCACUCAGACGCUCAUCGACCUGGUCGAAGCUCGCCAGCGCCUGGUACCCGUUGACAGCAAGAAGACAGCCAUGACGUUGAAUGACACCGCCAAGGAGGUACAGGAAACCACAAAGUCAAUACUAUCAAAUGAGAUCAAAGCAAAUGGAUCAACUUUGGCCAGAGCUAUCAGUACCGUCGAUCAGCUUCGUAGCCACAUUGACGAGUUGUAUGGUUUUUACUCUCCGUACGAUCCGCUAUUCCCUUGGUGGUGCGAAGCACCCAAGAAGAGUUUCGACGAUGCCCUCGCCGCUAACAGGUCGGCACUGGAGACUAAGUUGAAGGAGAAGACUGGAUCCAGUGCUGUCCACGCGGCAGUCGAACCGAUUGGUAGGGAUGGCCUGCUGAACGAGCUCGAAGCGGAAAUGAUUCCCUACACGCCUGAGGAGCUUCUAAAACUGGCCAAAGAACAGUACAAUUGGUGCGAAAAGGAAAUGAAGAAGGCUUCACGCGGCCUUUCGAGCGACCAGGGCGGUUCCGUUGGGCCGAAUGGGAGCGCAUCGGACCUUAAAGCUGCCAGCUCCUCGCCAGACUUUGGCGACAACUGGAAGGCUGCUCUCGAAUAUGUCAAGAACAAGUAUGUUGAGCCCGGUCAACAACCAGAGCUUGUUCGUCAGCUCGCCCGCCAGGGAGAAGACUUUGUCGUCAAGCAUGACCUUGUCACUGUCCCGGAAAUCGCUGCCGAAACAUGGCGCAUGUUCAUGAUUUCACCAGAACAACAGAAGGAGUCGCCAUUCUUCCUCGGUGGCCCAUCUAUACUCGUUUCUUAUCCUACUGCCACGAUGGACCACGACUUGAAGAUGAUGGUGAUGCGCGGCAACAACCCUCACUUUUCUCACGCAACCGCUUUCCAUGAGCUAAUCCCCGGACAUCGACUUCAGCUUUUCAUGGCAAAACGCCACCAUCCUUACAGGAAGUUAUUCGAGACUCCAUUCUUCGUUGAAGGAUGGGCCAUGUACUGGGAAUUCGUAUUCUGGAACCGGGGUGACUUCUUUGUCUCUAACGAGGACAAAAUCGGAACCCUUUUUUGGCGAAUGCAUCGUUGCGCUCGAAUCAUCUUCUCUUUGAAGUAUCAUCUGGGCGAGAUGACGCCGCAGGAGUGCGUUGACCUGCUAGUCGACUGGGUUGGACACGAACGCUCCAAUGCUGAAGGAGAGGUCACAAGGUCAUUCGGCGGCGACUACUCGCCGUUAUACCAAGCCGGGUACAUGUUGGGAGCUAUCCAACUACACGGGUUGCGAGAGGAAGUCCUCACGAAGGGAUUGAUGGGUGAGAAGGAGCUGCACGACAAGAUUCUGAGGGCGAACACGAUGCCCAUCGAGCUAUUACGAGCGUUAUUGCUGAACCAGCCCCUCAGCCCAGACUACACCUCCAAGUGGAGGUUCUAUGACCACUAG